GUAACACUGAGCCCUGAAAUCAACAGCUUCAUAGAGAAGAUGGUGAACAACUGCCAGCUCCCAGAGGGGGAGAAGGUCUUCGACUACUGGGCUGAUACCGGCGUAGGUAGCUGGAUCCGGCUUGCAGGCAAGCGGCAGAGCGAAGGCCACUACCGCCGCUACUCGCAUGGUACCACCAGCACUCAUAGCCAUCACGGCUCUUACAGUGGCGCCCACGCCACAAGGCCCCCAGCUCCCCAGGCCGAGCCUUGUCCGCCACGGUCUGCACAGUUCCAAGCCAGAGCCUUGCCAGGCUGGGUCACUCGGGUGCAAAGUGCCGAUGGCGUGGCAACUCCAGCUACCAGGACGAUGCCUCCCCCCGCAUCAUCCACCUUGCCUGAAGAGGCUUCACUCCCACCAUCUUCCGCGUCAACAUUUCUCACGGAAGAGGUUCUCCCGAAGGCGCAGCCAGAUCGACCGCCACCGCCGUCUUCCGAUCACAUGCCGCAGAACUUGAGUCACGUCGUGACUCGGGCCAUUCCCAAGCGGAACAAGGUCGCCAACAAAAUGAAACAUGAGAGCACCGGCGCGCCUGAGAGCCAAGUCGCGGCGCCGGCGCCCGCACCGACGCCCAAGCCCCCGCCGGCAGAGCUUCGGCAGGUGGCCCCGGCCCCACCGCCCAGCAUCCCGGCACCGGCACAGGAGCCCUAG